UAAUUCUCUCUACGAUCUCGUCCUCCUCCCCUCCCCCUUCCGUUUGGUUUGAUCCCUGGCAUUCAAUUGCGCGCGAGGCGUAGCCCGUGCUCCGAUCGCGCGGCGCGUAUGGCGCUCCCCGGCGGCCCCGCCGCGCCGACGCCGGAGCCGGAGCCGGAGCCGCUCAGGCUGGCGGAGGAGGAGGUGCGGGAGGUGGAGCUGUUCGAGGAUGCGGUGGACGUGUCGCCGACCGCCUCCGCGCACCCGGUGACAUGGGGCGAGGGCGAGGCCGCACCGCCGUCGAUGUCGGUGUCGAUACCGCAGCGCGACGAGGCGGGGGCCGCGGAGGAGGAGGAGGAAGCGUACGAGUCACCUCCGGCGUCGGGAGCGUCGGGGCCUCCGGGGAUUGACGGCGCGGGAUGGUCGCCUUCGGUUUCCGAAUCGCGAGAGGGCAGCGCCUCGCCGUCGGGGCAGCGCGCGAGGGGCGCGGAGGAGGAAGAGGGGAAUUGGGUGGCCCCGCCGGGGGCAGCAGGCUCGCCAGGGAUGGAGGACUCGAGGUCCAGGUCCUCGUCGGCACCGCCUUCGCCCCGGCCGUCGUCGUCGCCUGCGCCGCAGAUCAGGCCGCACCCGCGCCACGUGCGGACCAGCAGCUUCCAGCGGUUCCGGCAGCAGAUGCAGCGCGCGUGGAAGUGGGGGCCUGUCGGAGGUGGAGUAGGCGCCGAGAGGAGCCCCAGGGAGCAGUUGCUGCGCACUUCGGUCAACAUUGAGGCUAUGGCGAACCAGAAGCGGCAGUGGUAUCAAGUCCACACCAAGGAUCAGAAUCAAUUUAAGGAACCAUCUUCGCUCUUUGAACAUUUUUUCGUAGUUGGACUCCAUUCUUAUGCAAAUGUUGCAGUAAUUGAGGAUGCUUUUGCAAAAAGGAAAGCUUGGGAGUCUAAAGUAGCAUGUUCAGAGGUUGUUGAUCUUAAUAAAAUUCAGUACCAUGGACCAAUACCAACCAUGGAACCACAGAUUCUUUUCAAAUAUCCACCUGGAAAGAAAGAGGAUAUUAGAGAGGCUGAUUUACCCUCAUUCUGUUUUCCUGAAGGUGUAAAGGCUCGCUUAGUCGAGAGGACUCCUUCCAUGAGUGAUCUAAAUGAAGUGAUAUUUGGGCAGGAACAUCUGUGCCGAGAUGAUUUGUCCUUUAUCUUCUUCCUAAAGGUAUCGGACAAUGCACCACUAUAUGGUGUUUGCCUUCACGUCCAGGAAAUUGUUCAAAGAGCCCCUGGUAUACUAGGAGCAGUCUCACCCCUAAAUCAGACUUCCUACAAGCCAAGCCGUUUCUUGGUUUCUGCACCACGUUGUUACUGUUUACUUACAAGAGUACCUUUUUUUGAGCUACAUUAUGAGAUGUUAAACAGCAUAAUUUCACAGGAGAGGCUUGAAAGGAUAACACAGUUUGCCAGUGAAAUUGCUCUGGCAGGGCCAGUCCCCCGUUCCUUGAGAGAACAGUUAGAAGAUCAAUCAGACGGGGAUUUUGAAUCUCCAAGUGGUCUUCCGUACAAUGACUGGACAGACUAUGCUGUACCUGUCAACAGUAUAUCAGGUCUUGUUUCUUCACCAGGACUUACAUCAGAAAGAGAUGUCCCUUCAUAUUUGUUCAGGAGUUGGGAACCUAAUUCUCCUGAAAGUAUGUCGGCUAGUGAGACUUCAGAUUCUAGUUAUGCAAAAGAACCUGAGAAGGAAGGAAGACAUAGUUUCCAACAAUACGAAGAUUGUAUAUCACAGAACUCGGAAUCCCGCUGCGACAGCUUUGGAAGAGCAAGUAGUACUUAUGAGAAUGGACAUACUUCCCCAGAUCUUCUUUCGAUGCAUUCUCCUAUCUCUACAAGAUUAGAACGCACACAGAGUAUGGAGUCAAUACACAGUUCAGUCAAAGGUGCUGGGUCAGAUGAAGAAGACGAUGAGGUAAAUGUGAAGAAUGAAAGUGGUGUUGAUGAUGGCAAAGUUCUGGGAUGGGCUAAGGCACACAAUAAUGAACCUCUACAAAUUGUUUGUGGUUACCAUGCUCUUCCUCUGCCACCUCGCGGAGGAGAAGUUGUCUUCCAACCCCUUGAACAUCUCCAGCCUGUUAAAUACUCCCGGCCUGGAUUAUCAUCAUUGGGGUUAGGAGACACAAAUUUGGACAAUGAUUUGAAUUCGGCAGAAACAAAUGUGGUCAUUGUGAAUGCCUGUUUGGUCGCUGCAGAAGAAGCUCUUGCAUUAUCAAUAUGGACUAUGGCUACAGUUUGUCGUGCUUUAUCCCUGGAAAGUAUGCUAGCAUUAUUCACUGGAGUUCUGCUGGAGAAGCAAAUUGUGGUAAUAUGCCCAAAUCUGGGCGUACUGUCAGCAAUUGUUUUAUCAAUUAUACCAAUGAUAAGGCCAUUCCAGUGGCAAAGUUUACUGCUUCCUGUUCUACCAGGAAAAUUGAUUGAUUUCAUUGAUGCUCCCGUCCCUUUCAUUGCUGGUAUCCAACAUAAACCCCCUGAUAUCAAGAUGAAAGCGUCCAGUCUUGUCAGAAUCAAUGUACAGAAAGAUCAGGUCAAGGCAAAUUUAUUGCCUCAACUUCCACGUUACAAGGACCUUGUUUCUGAUCUCAGUCCAAUUCAUGCUAAACUUUCAUGUGAGAAUGCUUUGGCGAAGAAACAUCCUAUGUAUAAAUGCAACGAAGUUCAGGCUAAGGCAUCUUGGCAGUUCUUAAAUGUUCUGAGAACAUACUUGGAGUCACUUUGUUCUGAAUUGCGCUAUCAUACCAUCACCAAUGUACAGUCAGAUAAUGACAGGGUUUCCUUGCUUCUGAAGGACAGUUUUCUUGAUUCUUUCCCCUCGAAGGAUCGACCGUUCAUGAAGCUCUUCGUGGAAACACAGAUGUUCUCCGUUCUAUCAGAUUCUCGACUUGCCACAUUUGAAAGCGAGCACACACAGGGCUUUGCUUCAGCAGGAGAUCAAAACAUGCACUUCGAUUGACACGUACUGACAAUAGAGAAUUAGAGUGUGCACAAAUGACCGAGUCCCAGCGGUUAAGCUGUUUCGUUGAGUGGUAGGACUUGCCUACUGUAAAAAGAUAACCAUGGGAUGGCCCCAGUUAUCAAGAGUAAGAUAUGGUGCAACCCAAUCUUUUAAAUGGGAUGUACAUCUAAGGUAGAGAGCGUCCUACCUUUUCCUUCACAAAAUAUGUGAUGCACAUGCCCUUCAUGAGUGUAGAAAUGUUACAGUUGUUGGGUACUCCAUCCGUCCGAAAAAAUUUGUCCCAAGCUUGUCCCUCAAAUGAAUGUAUCUAGCACUAACUUGGUGCUAGAUAGUUGAGGGACAAGCUUUUUCGAACGGAGGGAGUACUUGCAGUAGAGUUGGGGUUUUGUUCCAAGUCAGUCCUUUUCUGUGCCAUCCAGGCACAUAUAUAGUGAAAAGAACCGUGUAAAUAAGAUGAGCUUAUCUAUUGCCCAUAUCCCUUUCUUGCCUCUGUAAA